CGCCGACCGUGAUGGGCGUUCUCCGGGACAGUACUACCGCGCACCCUGCCGAGCUCGAGCUCGAGCGCUACCGGCGACCGCACCUGUUGAUCCUCGACGAUUCCAGGGAAGCCCGCGCCGAAGUUGCAGGUGUGUGGCCCCCCGAAGGGCUCGAGGGCCCGUCAAGCGUGCGCGGCAGUUCCGUAGACUACGCCGCGGCACUGCUGCUGGUUGCUAUGGCGGCCGUCCUGCUGGCUGCUGUCGGCUACCAGUGCGCGGCCACCUGGCGCUGGAUCAUGGGCAGGUCUCGGCGUGAUUCCGAAGAUAGCAACUGCGACUCUCUCUCUCGUCAAGCAGCGAUACGCAUCAGCCACUCCUUACCUGAUUUGCAGACGGAACCAUUGAAACAGGAGUAUGUGCAAGAGCAUAAAGACCAAGGGAAGAAGGUUCUACGGCAGACGACCCUUCCGAUUGUACCAGACCGCCACCAGACAUUCCAGAGGCAGCUCUCCCACCGUCUGGACCUACCCUCGAUCCAGUUCAGCAUUUGUAGCUUGGAACGCGCCGAUUCAUCUAUUGGACUUAUCAAGCCGGAGUUGUACAAGAACGAGCUGGUGCGUCAAUCGUCGACCGACAGUGCUGAGCUGGAGUUUUGCGGCAAGUUGCAUUUCGCCCUCAAAUACGACCAGGAGGUCGAGGCUUUGGUUGUCAAGAUUUUCGAGGCUCGAGAUCUUCCGAUCAAAGACAUGUCUGGUAGCAGUGACCCCUACAUCAAGGUUUUCCUGUUGCCGGAUCGGAAGAAAAAGUUCCAGACCAAAGUUCAUAGGAAAAAUUUGAAUCCAGUUUUCAAUGAGACCUUCCUUUUCAGUGUACCAUAUGAGGAGUUGCGCCAGCGCUACCUCCAGUUCUCCGUGUACGACUUCGAUCGGUUCAGCCGGCACGACCUCAUCGGCCACGUGGUCCUCAAGGGUUUACUGGAGUCGGCGGAUCUUCAUCAGGAGAUCGAAUAUACGAUGAACAUACUAGCUGCUCCACAGGAAAAGAAGGACCUCGGUGAACUGAUGCUGUCGCUUUGUUACCUGCCCACUGCGGGGCGGCUCACAGUGACUGUGAUCAAAGGACGAAACCUGAAGGCGAUGGAUAUCAACGGAUCUUCAGAUCCGUACGUGAAGAUAUGCCUCAUAUGUCAAGGGAAGCGGAUCAAGAAAAAGAAAACCACCGUAAAGAAGAAUACUCUAUGCCCAGUUUACAACGAGGCCUUAGUCUUCGACUUGCCUGCUGACAACGUGUUUGACGUCACUCUCUUAGUUAAAGUCAUGGAUUACGACAGGAUUGGUCCAAAUGAGUUGAUUGGGUGCACAGCUAUUGGCUCUGCUCUCAUCGGGAUCGGUCGCGACCACUGGCUAGAAAUGUUGGACAACCCCCGUAAGCCGGUAGCGCAAUGGUACCCCCUCAACAAAAGCCCACCAGCAAACGUAACAUUACCAGCGAACGGCCAGCAGAACGUCGGUUUAAGCUGUCUAAACGGAAGAUGAAGAGAAUAUCAUCAAACGACUGACAUCAUCAUCUACAAGAUAAGGUGGCGUCGGACUCUAGAAAGGUUGAAUAUCCAAGAGUAAUUAGAACAUUCGAGUGUACUGAGCAUUCUCACGAUGCCAAUUCGUAUUUCUAAAAACGAUUAGAAAAUAACGGUUGUAUGUCCAUUUACUGUAGAGUCUAACAUUCAAUGUCAAGUGAUAACGGAGUAGAGAGGUAGAUCUAGCGUUUAGACAAUGUCUGUUUAAGUAGGGGAAAUGAAUUUAGAAUCUUAUUGUUUAAGUGAAAUUAAUUAUAUUAACAAUCGAAAAUGGUUUAUCGUUAUAGUAGAUUUAUCCGUGGAUGUUUAAAAGUGAAAUUUUUAAUAUAAGUUCAUCGUAAUGUCAUCCCUAUUCCUUUGUGAAAGAAGAUACUGUUGCUUAAUUUGUUAACUUACUCCUUAGUUGGAUCUUUUCCCUUCCUGACGACGAAAUCGAACCUAUGUACUUCUAUACAUGUUUGUAUAAUGUUUAAAAUAUCUAAACGCACAUUUCAAAUUCAAGACUUGAUCAUACCAUGUAGAUACAUACACUGAAAUUAAUAUCAUAAAAUUAAUGUUGUGUAGUUGUAAAAUGUCUUUUACCGUAGAUAAUUAUUAAUAAGAUAUUGAUAAAACAUUUAAUCACUGUUCAGAUACUAUGACUAUGUAAAAGCAUAGGUUAUUAUAAUAAAUUGUAACAGAGUUUAAAAAAUAUCUUUCAAUGAAAGUUUAUCUUCGAAGCAUAAAGCUGAAGUUUUGUUGAUUAUAAUAUAUGGAGUGUUUCAAACAUUCUUUCAGUGUCGGACAAUAAUAUAGACGCACUUUAUUGAAUAAAAAAAUAUUUUGAUUAUUAACACAUUCUAAUAUAAAAAAGAAACAUAGUUUGUUGUGUCUGAUGUCACUUUAAGUAAGAUGAAAUCAAAGCUUUAAAUCGUAUUUAAAAAAAUAUAAUUGUGUAUUAAAAAAUAAAGGCAAUGUCUUAAAUGUACUCAAAUGGAAAUUACAUUUUAAAAUAAGUGUUAAACUAUCAUAAAUGUAUGAUGUUAAUUAUAAUGCGUAAUUUAAAUUUAUAUUUUUAUUAUAUUGUAAUAAUAACUGAACGUAGUCUUGAUAUUGC